AUGGCAUCCCAUCCACCAGCUGCUUGCUGUUUUAAAGGUUUUUAUCACGAAGGAACACCUAAAGGUAGCAUUGCCGAACUGUAUGAUAUUGAGACCUACAUCACUGGAGUUGCAUCUAAUGAAAAGGUUAUAGUUAUCUUGACUGAUGUUUUUGGUCACAAGCUCAAAAAUACCCAGAUGAUUGCAGAUCACUUGGGUGAUGCUGGCUAUAGGGUCUAUAUCCCAGAUAUUCUUUUCGGUGAAGCCCUCGAGAGACUCGAUGGCUCAGUCGAUUUCAAUGCAUGGAAGGAAAGACAUAAUGUUGCCAAAACUAAAUCAGUGGUGGACCAAUUCUUGUCAGGAUUGAAGAAGGAGCACUCGCCAAAGUUCGUUGGCGUCGUCGGCCACUGCUUCGGCGCUAAAUACGCUGUGCAGCAGAUUCAUGCAACUGAAGGAGCAGCCGAUGCCUGUGCCAUUGCUCAUCCAUCCUAUGUCUCGAUUGAAGAGCUCGCUGCGAUCGGAAAGGAGAAACCUCUGCUGAUUUCUGCUGCUGAGACAGAUGCUAUUUUUCCUCCUGAAAUGAGACAUUUGUCUGAAGAAAAGCUUACUGAAAUCGGUGCCAGAUAUCAAUUGGACCUUUUCAGUGGAGUUUCGCAUGGGUUUGCUGUUAGAGGGGAUGAGAACAACCCGUGCGUGAGAUACGCCAGGAACAAAGUUUUGCUUGACCAAAUCUGUUGGUUCAACAAUUUCUCCUCAUAG